UUGGAUUUCCCUCCUUAUCGGUCACUCUCUCUCUCUCUCGUCCCACGUCUCUCUCUUCCUCCUCAGUUUCUGCCCUAGUUUGUGUUCUGGUGUGCAUUUUUUUUUUCUCUCUCUUCUCUCAUAUUUUAAACCGAAUCCAUUGAUUCAUGAUCGUUAACUGUUCAAUCUUCCCUUCUUGCUGUUUUAACUUAGUAACAUUGAAGCUGAUUGUGGCUAGUUAUUGUCGACAGAGCGUGUUUUGGGUAUUAGAAGAUUUCUGUUUGAUAUCUGCAAGUUCGUAAUGAUUCUUUUGCAGAAGAAACCUAAAAGGUAAGCAGUAUGCAGUUUAUGUUUCAGAUUAUCCCCUCCACCUGCUGACUAAUUACGGCAACAGUCGUCACUCUCCAGCGAGGAAUCACCUGAAGGGGAUAUAGGAAGUCCCAUAUGUCUGGACUAAUUGAAGGUCUUCCUGAUUCAGUUGCGCUUCUAUGCCUUGCACGGGUGCCGUUCUAUUUCGACCCCUAUUUGCUGCUUGUUUGCCGUUCAUGGAGAGAUGCUGUAUGUAGCCCUGAGUUUUUCAAGGCACGACAAGAGGUUCCUGCAGUGGAGUUCUUGUCUAUAUGUACUGGUGUGCGAGAGAAGUUAUGGCAGCUUUAUGAUCCUCUGAAUGACAUUUGGGUGAUAUUACCUGAUAUUCCCUCAGAGACCAGAGAUCCUGAAGAUUUUGCUUUUGUCUCCACUGCAGGGAAGCUGUUUGUGCUUGGUGGUGACUGUACUUAUUAUGAUAGGACGACUGAUAGUGAUGUUGGUGAAACUGCAACUGAUGCAGUGUGGUCAUAUGAUCCCAUCCUCGGAAGCUGGGAUCGGCGGGCAUCCAUGCUACUACCUCGUUCACACUUUGCUUGUUGUGUGCUGGAAGGGAAGAUUGUUGUCGCAGGUGGUCUCAACAGCUCAUUUCAGCCUAUCUCUAAUGCUGAGAUUUAUGACCCAGAGACGGAUGUUUGGGUUCCACUUCCUGAUCUCCCUUCAAUAGGUUUUUCAGCUUCCGGGGUGGUUAUUGGUGGCAAGUUGCAUGUGUUUUACUAUGGGUUGUCAACAGUGCGGAUUUUGGAGAAUGGUGGGUGUGGCUGGGCGUGGACAGUCAAAGAAUAUGGGUGGUUGAAGGGCCCAAUGGCAGUCGUUCGUGAGGAAGCUUAUGUGUUGAACGAUGGGUUUGUUUUCAAGCUGGACAAGGAGCUAAAGAUACAAAAAAUGGUGGCAGAAGCACCAGCUGAUUGCUCAUACUUUUAUCUUGGAUGUUAUUUUACAAUGAUCGGUUUAGGAGAUGAGCUUUACAUGGUUGGAUCAGAAGAAAUCUAUGUCCUUACAGUUGGGACCGAGACACCAACUUUGCGUGAGCUCCCCCGUGAGUGGUAUCCUCGUGAUGGACACACAAUAACCAGGUCUACAAUGUUGAGGCUCUAAUGUUGCUUUUGUCUCGACUUUGUUUUGAACUAGUGCUGGUGCUGUUCUUGUGGGUUUCAGUCCCCCAACUGGAAGGAAGAGAGAGAGAGUCUUUUAUACUCAACUUCUGUUUUUGUAUGUGAACACCUUCUUAUCUUGUUAAAUUUAAGCUAAUGUGAGACAUUUUUUUAA